GCCUACCCCAUUAGGCCAGCGCGCACAUCUAUAGACACGGUAUCUACACUGUUCGUUACCACACGAGCGCUGCGAUGGAUGACAUGGGAGUGACAGGUAUACGACCUGUCACCGGGUGAGUCUACGAAGAGAUGACAAAAACGAACUGUGUUAUGCAGAUGUGUAGUGAUAAAUAUCUCCCUAAAAUUAGCUUAUUUCUAUUAUGCCCCUUGAAUUAGAACCUAAAAUAAGUGAAUUUUAAAUACUAUUUUCCCCAUCCAUAAUUUCAACGCUGAAUUGGUAAGAUUAGUUCCGUUAAAAGUGCUUUACAUCAGUUCUAAUAUUGACUUGUAUUAGGUAACCUAAAUCACACAACAUCUCCCUCCCAUUGAAUUUCGCCCAGAGCAACCAAAUCACUAUCGAUCCCGAUCUGUAACAAAACUCGUCUAGAUCACGACACAUAAGGGAACUAAACGUAAGUAAAAAUGAUAAUCAAUUUAAUUCACUGUUACCAUAUAUUGGACUGCCUGUAUGUUGCUAGACAGGGGUUCACAAAUCAAUCUUCACGUAGCAUUUGUUCAAUAUUGUUAGUUAUUCCUAAAAUCGAAUGAUUGUAAUUCUAAGAUGAUCCGUAUUUCCCUUUAGGAAAAUUAUAUUCUCUACGUUAUUACCACAAACCGGAUCGCGUGUUCUUAUUUCACUUCCGGUGGAGAAUCAUAAUUCCGGAAAAUCCCUCACGUUGGACCAAAUCCAACAACAUAUAAUUUUCGUUUAUUGGCGAGUCGAGCGUGAUGCCUAGUCGCGGUGUUAUCAAAUCGGGUGCGAAGGGUGAUAAAGGUGCGCGGCCGAAGGAAAUAUCAGUGAGUGGUCAUAGUGCUGAUGGUGGUGGUGGAAACGAUGACAUACCGGAAGUGGUGAUUAUGGAGGAUACUGUGGAAGGACAUACGUGCAAGACGUGUCGAGGACCGGAUUCUGAGCAUAUGGUUCAAUGUGACAGAUGCGAUGGAUGGUACCAUUUCUCCUGUGUGGGCGUAUCGGAAGAAGUUGCUGACAAGAGCUGGAGUUGCACUAACUGCGUUACCGCGAAUUGGGUCCAGCGAACUAAGACAGCUUUGGAAGAAAGUGCCAGACAAGGAAACGAGAACCACGAUCGAAGGUCAACUAGAAGCCAGCCAGUUGGAAACAUCGCGACAAGCACCCGCGUCAACCCAGUGAUUCCUCCAACGGUAUUCCAGAAGCCAACUUCAUCGGAGCCAGUUCCAGCCUACAGCGGUGGUGGUCAAAUAGCUGUGCCGGGUGCAGCAGCCGAACAAGCCAAGCCUGACCGACAGCAGCAGCAAUCAGCACUGUCAGCUGGUGGUAUCGAUGCAAGAAAAGUAGUUCCAUUACGAGAAACAGAAAAAGCACUGUCAGAGAUUUCCGUCUCUUCGUCGCAGAAGUCUGCAGUGCAGCGCGCAAAGUUACAGUUAAUGCGACUGGAGGAAGAGCGACAGUUUCAGCAGCAGCAAGAAGAACGUCGACGAGCUUUGGAAGAGCGAGCAGCGCAGGAGCAUCAACAGUAUUUGGAGAGGAAGUAUCGCCUGCUGGAAGAAGUCGUGAGCGAGAAGGGAAGUCGGAGUCGCAGCGAGGCUUCGAGUCGGAUCAACGAUUGGGUUAAAGAGGCUAGCCAAGUACAACGGACAAUCAUGCCAGAGGUGGAUAGUUCCAACGUGGGGCGUCGUCAAGCUCCUCGAAGUGGCGUAGAACCAGCCCAAGCUAUUGAGCAGUUCGGGGAACCUCGUAUUCGAUUUGAGGCCAGUGCCAACACGGGACCUUUCAAUGCGCAGGCUGGUCAGCGAUCCAGUCAUUGCCCUCAGAUUCAGCAGUCAGAUCCUGAAUUUGCCAGUCACUACAGACAGACAGGACAAACGAUGCCGAUGCAUCCUUCCGGCCAGCAAAUCGGAAUAUCCUCGAGAUACCCUCAGUCAAGUUUCAUACCAGCGCCAGCUACGUUCAAUACCAACAGGAGAGUCAUAUCGCAACAAUCUGCGAUUCUCAGGCCCCCCUUCAACUCUACUUCCUUCGACGGACAAGUAUUGGCUCCACCGGCGUGUUCUACUGGUUUUCACCCUCGGAAUCCUCGGGAUAGUGUCUGUGCAUCAAACCACGGAAUGUACGACGACGAGUUCCAGCUCUCACGCUCGCAAGUGGCAGCCAGACAAGCAGUUCCACGAGAUCUACCGCCGUUUAAUGGGAAUCCGGAGGAGUGGCCAGUGUUCCUGUCGAUGUACAACCGUACGACCGCGAUGUGUGGAUUUACCGACGAGGAAAACAUAGUCCGACUGCAGAAGAGCCUGAAAGGCAAAGCCUACGAGGCCGUCAAGAGCCGUCUGAUACAUCCAGAAAAUGUUCCGGGCAUACUGUCUACCUUAAAGAUGCUGUUCGGACAACCCGAAGUCAUCGUCCAAUCGCUAAUUGAAAAAGUUAGCUCUCUACCAGCAAUUCGCGAAGAAAGGCUAGACACUCUGGUCGAUUUCGCUGUACACGUGCAAAACUUUUGCGCUACAGUAGACGCCUGUGGACUGCAGGAGUACAUGUACAACAUCUCGCUCCUUCAUCAGUUGGUUGGCAAGCUACCUCCCUCGCUUAAACUCAAUUGGGCGCAGCAUCGACUAACGGUGCAAACGGUCAACCUGGCGACCUUCAGUGGGUGGAUCUACGCACUAGCGGAGGCCGCAAGCAUCGUUACUUUUCCGUCACCAGCUCAUCUCGAAAAAUCUGCCCGAACUGAAACUCGAGGCACCAAGAAAGGAAAUGGGUAUCUCAACGCCCAUUCCGAGACUCCGUCCGAAGAUUGCAACGAGAUUCCUUCAACGAACCAUAUCGCAGAAAACCGAACGCCGCUGAGACCAGUUUGUCCAAUCUGUAAAGAGAAUUGCAAAUCCGCUGAUAAGUGCAAACGAUUCUUGGAGCUCUCCAGAGACUCACGAUGGGCCGCUGUAAGAGAAUUCGGAUUAUGCCGUACCUGUCUCCGAGUGCAUAAGGGAAGCUGCUUUGCCAAACCAUGUGGCAGAAACGGGUGCGCCUUCCGACAUCACGAGUUAUUACACAAUGAUUCUAAGGAGAAGCCACAGAUUUCCACAACCGAAAGUGCGAACACUGCGUCAGCUCCACCUAGUCUGAAUGCGUCCGACUGCAAUACUCAUCGGACAGUUGUUAGCUCAGUCCUGUUCCGAUACUUACCAGUUGUGUUGUACGGAAAAACAGGAACAGUGCAUACAUAUGCCUUUAUCGAUGAGGGCUCUGAGCUUACUCUACUCGACCAAGAGAUCGCCGACAAGCUGCAGUUGGAAGGUGCCGAACGUCCGCUAUGCUUGCGAUGGACCGGCGGGACCGAACGAUGUGAAACGAACUCCCGUAUCUACAACCUUCAAAUUGCUGGCCCAAAGGAAGGUAACAAACGCUUCGACCUGAACGAUGUACGAACGGUGAAAGACUUGAUGCUGCCGCAGCAAACGCUGGAUAUGUGCAAACUAUCCGAGCAGUUCCAACAUCUCCGAGGACUGCCGAUCGAUUCGUACCGUGAUAUACGUCCUCGAAUCUUGAUAGGAACGAAGCAUGCACAUCUUGGCCUCGCGCUGAAAAACCGUGAAGGAGAAUUUGGACAGCCCAUUGCAGUUAAGUCACGACUGGGAUGGACGAUUUGCGGUGGAUCGGGACCAACUCGUGGAACAAACCUACACCAUUACAGUUUCCACAUUUGUCCUUGUAACAAUACAGAGGACGACGAUCUGCACCAGGCGAUGAAGAACUACUUCUCCUUUGACAGCCUUGGGCUAACCAAAACAAACCAUCCGCAUUUGCCCAUCGAAGAUCAGCGUGCGCUCUCUUUGCUGCAGUUACUCACCCGGCGAAAAGAAGAGCGCUUCGAAUCCGGGCUGCUCUGGCGGUACGACGAUGUCCGUCUGCCGGACAGUCAAUCUAUGGCUAUGCGCAGAUUCGAAUGUUUGAAAAAACGGAUGGUAAAAGAACCGGAGCUGCAGGUGAUUUUGCAAGCCAAGAUCGCUGAAUAUACGGCAAAAGGAUAUAUUCGAAAGCUCAGUGAGGAGGAAAUCAACCGAAAGGUCCCUCGGCGGUGGUACCUACCCGUUUUUCCCGUAACCAACCCCAACAAACCUGGGAAGGUACGCAUAGUAUGGGACGCAGCGGCCAGCGCCCACGGAACAUCACUAAACUCAGUUCUCUUAAAAGGGCCGGAUAUGUUGUGCUCUCUCCUCGCGAUCCUUCUACAGUUUCGAGAGCGUCGCAUCGGGCUAACUGGUGACAUUCGUGAAAUGUUUCACCAGGUGCUGAUUAGAGAAGAAGACCAACUCUGUCAGCGUUUCUUCUGGAUGAGCGAACGUGGUGAUACGGAGGUAUACGCCAUGCAGGUAAUGACGUUCGGAGCUUGCUGCUCACCGACUACAGCGCAGUUCGUGAAGAAUACCAACGCCGAUAGAUUUGUCAACGAAUACCCAAUAGCGCAUCAAGUCAUUACGAAGUCACACUACGUCGACGACAUGCUUUCUAGUGUUGAUACCGAGGAGCAAGCUAUUCAGUUAGCCAAAGACGUGAGAUACGUUCACCAGCAGGGCGGUUUUGAAAUACGAAACUGGGUUAGCAACUCCAAAACCGUUCUCGCUGCUUUGCAAGGGGAGAAUACCGACGAGAAAUGCCUCGAUAUGUCCACUGAGCUAGCCACUGAAAAGGUAUUAGGCAUGUGGUGGAAUACGAAUGAUGAUGUUUUCAUUUACAAAGUCGGAUGGAGCCGAUAUGACUCCCCACUCCUAGCAGGCCAACGACGACCAACGAAGCGAGAAGUUCUGCGUGUCUUGAUGACCAUCUUCGAUCCACUAGGAUUGAUUUGCCAUUUCCUCUCAUAUCUGAAGAUCCUGCUCCAAGAUAUCUGGCGAUCUGGCGUACAGUGGGACGAGGAGAUAGCUAAUGAAGAAUACGAAAAGUGGCUCACAUGGUUGAAAGUUCUUCCUCGCGUCGAAAACGUGCGGAUUUCUAGGUGUUAUAACUCGGACUAUCUCGAAACCGAUAACCUCCAGCUCCAUACGAUGGUUGAUGCCAGCGAAAACAGCGCAGCCGCUGUUUGUUAUCUACGUUUCACCAGGGACGAUUCUAUCCGUUGCUCUAUUGUUGCAGCGAAAAGCCGAGUCGCACCGAUAAAGUUCACCUCGAUACCUAGACUGGAAUUAAUUGCCGCAGUCAUCGGCGCUCGCUUAGCACGAUCAGUCGAGGAAUCGCUAACGUUCCGGAUCCACAGGAAGCUGUACUGGUCUGAUUCUAGGGAUGUCCUCUGCUGGAUACACUCGGACCAUCGUCGAUAUAGUCAGUUCGUCGGUCACAGAGUCAGCGAAAUCCUCGAAACCUCCGAGCCACACGAAUGGCGGUGGGUGCCUGGUAAGCAAAAUCCUGCCGACGAUGCCACAAAGUGGAGUAGCAUUCCGGAGUUAUCAUCUGAAGACAGGUGGUUUAAAGGCGCCGAUUUCCUUUGGCGCACUGAAGAAGAAUGGCCGGCAUCAUCGAUUAAAAAUUACGCCACGGAGACCGAACUCCGCCCUUCCCUACUGGCGCAUCACAUCCCACUAGACCCUUUCAUCUGCGUCAAUGAGUUCUCGAACCCGCUCUGGAAACUCGACGACCACCGGGCCGCUUUCUGCGCACGAACUCAUAACCGCCGAGUGUACGCUUAUUCGUCUCGCUCAGUUCGAAUGCUUUCCCGACGAAGUCUCGGUUCUUAA